AAAACAUCAGAAAAUACCAAUAUUGCUAGACAAUUCCAAACAAAUUUCCCAAUAGGUACAACUUAUGAUCCUUUUGAUUUCUCUAUGGCCAAGAUCCAUUUAGAGAAGAAAAAAUUGAGAGAGAAAAGACUUCAAACUAAUGGAUUUGAUCGUAAAAAUUUAAAUCCUUUAGAUUUUUAUACAACUCCAAGAUAUUUAUCAGCUUAUUUAUCAAAUACUGGUAAAAUCUUGAAUAGAGAAGUUACUGGAUUAUCAAACAAGAACCAAAAAAGAUUAACAGUUGCCAUUAAAAGAGCUAUUAAUGCUGGCUUAUUA